UGAAGGAAAUGAAAACUAUAACAACGAUGAAAAUGUAUCAAGUUAUAUGGAUCCAUUAGCAUCCCAAGAAAAGAUAACAGUAAAAGCCUUGUACGAUUACAAAGCACAAAAUGACGAUGAAUUGUCUUUUUGUAAACAUUCAAUAAUAACAAAUGUUCGAAAAAAAGAACUUGAUCUAUGGUGGACUGGAGACUACGGUGGAAAAAGACAGCAUUAUUUUCCAGCGAACUACGUCCAGGAAAUCGAAAAAAGUUUUGAUAAUUUGAGCGGAACAAUAUUAGCUGUCGAAAAUGCAGCAGCUGCAAAGACAUUUGAUGUGCAUGGUGCUGUUGUCAACGUUAUCUACGACGGUAAUAAUUCAUUCUUUAGAAUAGUGGCUAUCACUCUUUCGACAAUUUUUCCAUUAUUUCAGUUACUUUCUAUUAUUACUCUGUAAAUAGAAAUAAACUCAAUAGUAGUAAUAUGAAACUAAAUAGCAAAUUAGUACGGAAAAUUCUAGUAUCAAGUACAGCGUUACUUACAAUAGUAGCUAAUGUAGGACGUUUGUAUCCCACACAAAACCCAGGGCUUCCGGUCAAGAGCUUCGCGCUUGAUCCAAAUUGGAACGCAAUGUUCGUUGUGUUGUUUGUUGAUUCUGAAAUCCACCGGAUCCAGACCGUGGUCGAGCUGUCAAAAUCACAAAUAUCAUUAGUUGUCCCUACCGGAAUUUGCUGUCAAGCAAGCUAUAUAUUGAUUAUUGUAUUACAUGUUGUUUGAUAUUUAUUUAUUUAGAAAUAUAAAAAGAGAAUGUGAGUGUGAACAAAAAACAUAAAAAAUUAAUAGCGUGACGAAUUAUGUAAUAAAAUAAAUAUUAUAAUUCAAUUACUCAGCGGCAUACACUAUACCGCUGCAAAGCAGUACCAAUAUAUACAAACACACUCGCUUUAGAUAACAUUUCUCUUUUUUACACCUAACUAGGGGCAAAUCACGAAAACAAAUGCAUCAUUUUUGAAUAAAUAUGCUGUGCUUUCAAUGAAUGCAGCAAAUGUAUCGCAAAUUCAACAAAUGUUGAGCAAAUAUACAAAUGUAUCACAAAUGCGGCAUUGUUGGCUUCUAGAUAGCUUGUUGGAAAUGGCUUAAAUAAAAUUGAACUAAUUAACUUCAAGUCGCUUCAAGUAUAAAAUAUUUAGAAUUUUAAUAUUAUCAACUUUUUUUUUCAUUUUGUUGUCCGAAAUAUUAAAAUUAUGCUGAAAUAAAUAUAAUAUUACUAACUUAACCCAACUUUCGCUUUGCAAAUGUUGAACGUGGUUGAACGUAAUAACUUUAAACUGUCUAGUGGAGAUGGUA